GAUCUGUUCUAUGUGAUUUUUGUCUGGUCGCCCAAAAAGUUACAUAUUGCAGCUUUAAGAAUGAAAAGAGGGGAUGUUAAUGUGGUUGAGCUGGACCUUGAGAUUUGAAGGAGAGGAGAUGUUGACGUGUUGUUGGGGUGUUUGAGCUGAUCUUUGAGAUGGGAUAAAGGAUUGUUGUACGUAUUGUAUAUGUUUUUUGUUUUUAAAAAGUGCUUGAAUAGCUUAAACUCUCCAUUUGACUCCCAAGUGCGCGCUAUAAUCACUUUUACUGACUUAAUACCAGAAGGGAGCAAACCUGAAAAAUCUGUCUUAACAGCAAUUUCCAACCAAACAAUUCAUCAAAAGCAAUCAGACACCACUGAUAUUGGACACGGAAUACAUAACUUCCAUCGAUSUGUCUCUCUGAUGAUCAAUAAUUCACAAGCCGUCUGUGUCAUGCAGUACUUCCUGAUACCAUUUGAGGUCAGAUCACAAAAGCAAUAGAAAUAGACAUCAACAUGUAUCAAAGUAACUGGGAUCAUCUUUUGUCCAGAAAACUGAUUUUCUACCAUGUUAGUUUUUUUCUGUCUAUUAAGAGAGAAUUAGACUGUUAGCCAAUACUACAGUCUCUCUUCUCCUCAGCCCCCUGCUACAGCCGGACAUAGAUCGUUAUCUCUCCCACUGCAAGUUCAACUGUAGCUAUGAUGAGACCAAUUGUGAAACUGCACGCCCUGUGAACUUGGCUCAAGGUAAAAGGUACAGCAAGCGCAUCGAAGGAGAGACRGGGACAUCGGACAGAGGGAGAGUUGCAGAAGAAGAGGAGGAAGUGAGGAACAAAACUACAGACGACUGACAAAAAGAUGCAAAAAAGCCCUGCGCACAGAGCAUGMGGUGGAGAGUUGGAAAAGAUUAGAGAAGAAGACUGCAUUGUAUUAAAUUCAAUGAGGGCCCCACCCUGGCUGCAACAUUAUUGACAAAAAUUAGCGGGUGAAGCUAAACGGCUGUAACCUAGUGUAGUACUGUCAUGCCCUACAUUACCAUGGAGAAUAAAACCUGCCUUCCAUAAUGGGAUCUUUCAUACUGCACCAUCUGGAUGUCACUGGAAACAUGAGGUACAUUCACAAAUGUUAGCCUAGCUGUCAAGGACCAGUCCACAAUUGAUUCGUACCAAAAAGCUGUGAUCGGAUCUGACCRACUUCCUCAACAUCCUAACUUGGUGUCAGCAUCAUUCAUCUGGGUGUUUUGAAGUAAAACAAUUGGUCUGAAGAAGCUCUGAGAAUGAUGACCAUGUCUGUGCUGGCCACCACCGGACCAGAAAGCGGCGGCUCCAUGACACAGCUCGUCCCCAUCCCCACGCUGAACAUCCUCCCCCCGUCCUCAGACACCGAUGCCUGGUCUCGCUCUCCCAGCCCCCGGCCUCCCCGCCGCCACCGGUGCUCCCGCCCCCACCGGAGCAGAGCCCGGAUCAAGAAGAGGAGAGAUGGAGAACAAGAGGAGUCACCCAAACCCUGUUGGGACGGCACUGAGGAGAAGGGGAGGGUGAAGGGGAGCGCUGCUCAAAGAAGCCCCUCACUUCUCCCUUCUCCACGUGGGGGGGCAAGAGGGGUGGACGCGGUCCUGGGCCCUUCCCCGGACCUCUUGCUACCCCCGUCGUCUCGUACCUCCCGGUCACGUAGCUCGUCUCCCGGCUGGCGUUCACGCUGGUCCCUCAGGAGUCUGCUCAGCAGGGAGUCUGACUGGGACAGCUGCAGUACUGCCAGUAACUCUCCGCGCAGCACCCCUGGCAGCUCCCCCUCUCUGCGCCGCCGGGUGCUGGGGGGUAGUGGUGGGGGUGGAAGCAGGACCAGCGACGCGGAGGGUGGCCCGGGGGAGCGCAGUGGGGAAAGGAGGGGUUCGGACAGCCCACUACUCUCUUCCUCCGCCGGCGCCUCCGCUUACCCAAUCGCCUCGCGCCAUUUCAGCCGCAAUGCCAAGAAAAUGCAGAGCUGGUACAAUGUUCUCAGUCCCACUUAUAAACAGCGCAAUGAGGAUUUCCGUAAACUCUUCAAGAAGCUGCCAGACACGGAACGCCUCAUUGUGGACUACUCAUGUGCACUGCAGAAAGACAUCCUACUCCAGGGGAGACUAUAUCUGUCAGAGAACUGGCUCUGCUUCUAUAGCAAUAUCUUCCGCUGGGAAACCACUAUCACAAUCCUGCUGAAAGAUGUGACCACCCUGACCAAGGAGAAGACUGCAAAGGUCAUCCCCAACGCCAUUCAGAUCAGCACCGACCACGACAAGCACUUCUUCACGUCUUUCGGGGCGAGGGAUCGCAGCUACAUGAUGAUUUUCAGACUGUGGCAGAACGCACUGAUGGACAAGCCUCUGUCGCCAAAAGAGCUGUGGCACAUCGUCCAUCAGUGUUACGGCACUGAGCUGGGCCUCACCAGUGAAGACGAUGACUAUGUCUCCCCCACCGGCGAGCACAUUAACGGUCUACUGCCAGUGGAUGAGUCAGUCUCUGUCUCUGACCUGUUGGACCUCAGCUCCUUUGGGGCCAUAGCUUCUCUGGCAGCUCCCCGUCCUCCAUGGCAGCCUUGUUCCCCAUAUGUGGAGGAGGRCGGGGACAGCYUGUUGGAGUSKRCCAAUCAYAUGRUGCCCCCGUCUKCCRCCAGCCUGGGAAACCUCUCCUCAUUGGACCAGCUCACCAACGACGACGAGCUGCCCACCGACCCCAGCAACUCCUCAGACACACAGGAAGAGGACGAGGUGGAGUCGUUCUGUGCGGACCUGGCUGGCCGGCUGCACAUCAACAUGGUGGUGCGCAUGAGCGUGGACAAGCUGCACGACCUGCUCUUCUCCGCAGACACACACUUCAUCCAGCAUCUCUUCUCCCAGCGCCACUUCACAGACCUGUCAGUUCGUGAGUGGCAGCAGGACAGCAGUAGUGGGAACACCAACCGGAUCCUGAGUUACACCAUCGCCAUCAACAACCCCCUGGGCCCCAAGACCGCCCCCGUAGUGGAAACUCAGACGCUGUAUAAGAGCAGUGCCCCGGGCGAGUGUUACGUGGUGGACUCGGAGGUGAUUACCUCGGGCAUCCCCUACCAGGACUACUUCUACACCGUGCACCGCUACUGCCUCACCGCCAUCAACAAGAACAAGAGCAGACUCCGGGUGUCGUCAGAUAUCUGCUACAAGAAGCAGCCGUGGAGCCUGGUGAAGGCGCUCAUCGAGAAGAACACCUGGAGYGGCAUCGAGGAGUACUACAGACACAUGGAGAGUGAGGUGUGUAAGCUGGAGACCCUGCUCCAGUCUGAGGUGUCAGUGGUGACCUCUGGGGAUGUGGUGGGGGCAGACUCUGCCAAGACACCCCCGGCCAUGCGGCGACGCAAACGCACCUGCUCCCGGCGCCCGGGGGACCGGGAGAGAGAGGGAGGGGGCGCRGGAGGUGGAGAGCGCGGGGACCGAGGGAUGGGAGAGGAGCGGAGAGAGGCGGGUGGUCAGUAUAAGCACGGAGAGCGGUGGCGUGGCGGAGGCAGCAGCAUCUCUACCAUACUGCUCAUAGUCAGCUUCAUGAUCUGUGUCAGUCUGGUGGUGUUGGUGGCCCUCAACAUGCUCUUGUUUUACAAGCUGUAUUCUCUGGAGAGAGCUGCGCACACGCUGGAGACGUGGCACUCCUUCUCUCUGUCUGACAGUCCUCUACCCCAGUCGGCAGGAGAGUGGGCCCAGGUGUUGCAGCUCCAGAGACAGAUCCACCAGGCCCAGCUGGGCAAAUGGCAACAGAUCCUCCAAUCCUCAGUCACUCUGCUAGACCAGAUGAAACAGUCGUUGGAAAAGCUCCACCGUGGCGUCGUCACUCCAGAAGUCCAGCAGGAUCCCCCCUCGAACCCCACUUCGGAGUCUCUCACUGAGCACUGAUCCUCCACCCUCCAGCCCUCACCAGCUCUCAAGUGGGUAUGAAUAGACCAUGGGGAGGGGUGGCCAGAGGGGGAGGGUUAGGCUGGGCCAAUCAGGGAGAGUGACUCACUCUCACCCGACCCCCAAGCUCCACUCCUGCUUCUCUACUCAAAACAGACAGGGAGAGAUGUGGGGGGAGUGGGAAUUACCUGUAGGGGACCUUCACUACCCAUAACUCCCCACACCUCAGAUUGAGCAACCUGCAAUGGGGUUGGGGGGUGAGGGACCUUUGGGACUACGCUACCCAUAAAUCCCCACACCUCAGUCUUGAGUAACCUGCAAUGGCAAAGUUCCACCUUCCAUAGUCACCACCACCUCUCACGUCCAGACAGUUAGACUGGGAAUGUCUUCAGGACUACAGCAAUAACAUAGCAUGGUGAGCCAACCAUAUCUCCCACAGUCAGGGCUAACGGCUGGCCAGUUUGUAUAGUACCAUCCGCUCCUCACAUGCAACCCAACCAUGCUGCUCUCCCUGAACCAUCUCCCCUGCCUGAGAAUCCAAGAGACGUUUUCAAGAAAGACAGACGAUCGACUGCAUUUCAACAUGUGCAGCCCUGCUGCUGCAUUUCAAAUGGACAGACUCGGGGUCCAAAGCAUUUCAAAAUGGAUUGACUUGGUCCGACUGCAUUUCUCAAAAUGGGCCAACCUGGAUUAACUUUGCGUUUCAAAAUGGAUGGAAAUUGGGAGCUUUCCCAGCCCUGAGAAACAGCUAUGGCUCUGUUCCCAGCUGAAGCCAGCCUAGGGGACUUAUGUGCCUCGRUGUGAKGGGUCCGCUCARCUAAGUCCCCCUUGAGCCUCUGGAAAUGAGGGACACAUGAGGAGAGAGGGACGAGAGAAGGACGAGAGAGGGGAAAGCUCUGAUAGAUACAGGAGACUUUCUGUAAUCCAACUAUUUGUCGUUCWUUCUUUCUCUCUCUUUCUCUCCAUCCAUCUGGGAUCAGCAGCUUCCAUCUUAAAGGCUUGAUCUCUUACAAAAGCAGUCCGUCCUCUGCUAGGGGAGAGUCAUUUCAAAACAAGACUACAUUUUUUUCAUUUUCAGGUGUGAAUAAUACAAAAAGACUCCUAAAUCCUCUACUAGCUCGUUUUCUUUCAUUAGCUGUCUUUUUGAGGGUGACUGGGUYGUUUUGAGAAUUGAGAGAGCGAAUGAUGAGUGUGCGCGCCAGACCAUUACAGUAUUUAUUUAACACGACUUUGAUUUCGAAAAGUCCUGUCCCGCUCUCAAUACGAGUGAUUUUUUUUCUUUUUUUUCCUCCUAUAUGCUCUGUGUUAAUACUUCAGCACGGACCAAGAAAGAGCUGUAAAGUGAAUAUUUUAUAUUUCCUGGUCAUAGCAAUAAUGAUAUUUGGUGAUUAUACUACUUUUGAAUGUGUAAAAAGUAGUAUAUCACUAAAGUGUGUUUAGGGCAAAAUGAGACAAGCAAGCAAAGAUCUGGAGUUGGAGAAGAAGACUGACAUGUGUUAGAAAGAAGUGUCCUCAACGUCACAUCGUCACUGUUACAUUUGGUAUUAUUAAGAUUAGUAUGAUUGAGUUUGUUUUUGUCUGAGUUUUUUUGUUGUUUGUUUUCCGCACUUGGUCAACUUCCUAAUUGUAUUAUUGGAUCGGACUUGAAGUGUUUCAGGGUUACUGACUGUACUCUGUAGACCAGUCUGCGUUCCAAAUAACACCCUAUUCCCUUUUAUAGUGUGGUGCACUACAUAGGAAAUUAUGUGCCGUUUGGGACGCAGACUCCGUAGACCAGGUUAACAGAGGGAUGCAAUAAACUAGUGACUUUCUAGUGUGGACUGGACUUAGAAAGGACCAACCAGAAGUCUAGGCCCGGAAAAAGAUAAAGGGAAACUAUUGCAGUACUGUGUUUGAGUUCAAAUUGAUGUUAUUCCUUUUCAUUUUAUAUCUUUAUUUUGUAGUCUAUCCUGUUUCUUAUUGUUUUUGUUUUUCGAAAGGGCAUCUAAUUUUCUUUUCUGCACCCCCCCCUCUGAUUUCCCCCCCCCACUGUCAUAAACCAUCUUCUCUYUUCCUAAUUAUUUUCCUUUUCAACCUCCCUCCUAUUGUCUCGUGCACUCUUCCCCUCUCUCUCUUUCCUCGUUGUGCUCCCUACCCCCCUUUCUCCUUCCGUCUCUCGCCUGUGGAAGUGUGUGAGCCUUGCUGUGCACGGCCAAACAGUGAGUGAUCAAAGGAUUUACUAUAUUUAUUAGGGUCAGGUAGGAGAGGGGGGAUGGGGGUCGCGGGGAGCAAAUGUACUGUAAACGAUUUGAUUGUACACAAUGCCCUGGAGAGAAAUGAAGAGUUAUUUUUUUWAAGUGUGUGUGUCAUGUUAACCAUUUUCAUAAAAAGUUGAACUAAAAAGUAUUUAAAAACA